AUGUUUUGGGCAGCUUGUUCCCUCGGAUAUUUUGGCUUUCUUCGUGCGUCGGAGUUUACCGUUCCCAAUUUGCCUAGCUUCUCAUUGUCACUCCACUUGGGUGUCCAGGAUAUUUCAGUGGAUUCGCCCUCAGCUCCAUCCUGCAUGCGCGUCAGGAUCAAGGGCUCGAAGACUGAUCCAUUUAGGAAGGGCUGUUUCAUUCACAUUGGCGUUGGCAGGCGUCCAGUCUGUGCAGUUCGCGCCGUAAUGAAUUACCUCGCGCUUAGGGGAGAUGCCCUUGGCUUAACUUAGCUCCAUCCUGCAUGCGCGUCAGGAUCAAGGGCUCGAAGACUGAUCCAUUUAGGAAGGGCUGUUUCAUUCACAUUGGCGUUGGCAGGUGUCCACUCUGUGCAGUUCGUGCUGUAACGAAUUACCUCGUGCUUAGGGGAGAUGCCCCUGGCCCCUUGUUUUUGUUGCAAAAUGGACAGCCUCUCUCGCGCAACAUCUUGACGGAUUGGCUUCAACAGAUUAUGGCCUCAGCUCGGGUGCCGGGAAACUUCUCCAGCAAUAGCUUUCGCAUAGGGGCCGCUACUGUUGCUGUUGGCAAUGGAGUACCUGACCAUUUAAUUCAAUCAAUGGGCCGCUGGUCCAGUAAUGCUUAUCAGCUUUACAUAAGGACGCCACCUGAAGCAUUAGCUGCCCUCUCCAUCAAGUUGGCC